GGCCUUAGACUCAUAAUGAACCCACCAGCGAUGCGCCCGCGCCUGCGCACCGGAGUAUCGCACGAGACGCGCAUAUCAUCACUCGUCUAUCACGACACCAUGGGCUUUUUAAUAAAAGCCAUAUUGGUAGGUGCUGUAGGUGUAGCAAUAUGGUUCGUUUUCAAAAAACCCACACCGAAACCCAUCCCGCACUUCGACCCUGAAGAAUGGUGGGGUCCAAAAGAUCUGAAAGGAAAACAAGAUAACAGUAUACGACCGUUUAGUGUAAAAUUUGAUGCAGAGAUGAUAAAAGACCUUAGAUCCCGAAUACUAAAUAGACGGAAAUUCACACCGCCUCUAGAAGGAGUAGCUUUCGAAUAUGGGUUUAAUACGAAACAGAUCGAUGGCUGGUUGAGCUACUGGGCAGAAGAGUACAAUUUCAGUGAACGAGAGACCUUCCUGAACCAGUUCCCCCACUACAAGACUUACAUACAGGGUCUGGAUAUCCACUUCAUCAGGGUGAAGCCACAGGUACCACAAAAUGUGGAGAUUGUCCCACUUCUCUUAAUGCACGGCUGGCCAGGCUCUGUGCGGGAGUUCUAUGAAGCGAUUCCUCUGCUCACCCGCCAGCAACCAGGAUACAACUUUGCUUUCGAAGUUAUUGUACCUAGUAUACCUGGAUAUGGAUUUUCACAAGGAGCAGUGCGCCCUGGGCUUGGAGCACCCCAAGUGUCAGUGAUCUUCAAGAACCUGAUGAACCGGCUCGGGUACGACAAGUUCUACAUUCAGGGAGGAGACUGGGGCGCGAUAAUAGCGUCUACUAUGGCUACUAUAUUCCCAGAAGUGAUUCUUGGACAUCAUUCAAACAUGCUUACGACUCAUAACAGCAAAUCAACGUUGAAGAUGUUCAUCGGCGCAUAUUUCCCGUCGUUCGUAAUGCCCGAGCACUUGGUCGACAGACUGUACCCGCUGUCCAGUUUGUUCGCUUACGUCAUGGAAGAGUUCGGCUACAUGCACCUGCAAGCAACUAAACCUGAUACCAUUGGUAUACCUCUAACAGACUCCCCAGCUGGUCUCCUCGCAUAUAUUUUAGAGAAAUUCUCCACAUGGACAAAGAGGAGCCACAAGUUCAAAGAAGACGGUGGCCUUGAAUUCAGGUUCACAAAAGACCAGCUCCUAGACAAUCUAAUGAUCUACUGGUCUACUAACUGUAUAACCACAUCCAUGAGAUUCUAUGCUGAGAAUUUCAAUAAAAAAGCAAGCUCGUAUGGGUUGAGUGACAUAACCACUCCUGUCCCCACAUGGGCACUCCAAGCGAAGGACGAAAUCUUCUACCAGCCUCCAAGCCUGAUCAAAACGAAGUUCACGAACCUCAUCAACAACACAGUCCUGGAUGAUGGAGGGCAUUUCCUGGCAUUUGAACUGCCCAAGAUAUUCACAGAAGACGUUUUCAAAGCUGUCAAAGCAUUCAAAGAGUUUCACGAGAAGAACAAAAAGACUGAAUUGUAAUUUGGUUUAGGGUUAUUAAAUUAAUAUUUUUAAGUA